GAAUAUAUGUAUAUACUUUAUGGGAUUUAAUUGGAGUCAUGAAACUACAUUCAGUUCGUAUAAACUCUUUCGUGCAAGUGGCUGCUCUUCAUGCUGUUCUUCAUAUUCCUCACAUUUCCAGCUGCGAUGGGCGCAGCCAAGUGCAGAGCAGCCCCCAAAUUUGUGCAGAAUGUUCAGAUGUGCUGUCCGUUACCCUUGCCCAAUUGGGGUGUCUAUAGCAGCGAGUGUGGAAACUCUGGCCCACAGCCCAGUUGUCGCUUGGCCUGCAUAUUCAAUGCCACAAUGGCGUUGCAGGGUCGCCAUCUAAAUCUCCGCCAAGUGCGUCCUAUGCUUGAGCAAGCAUUCAGCGAUCCGGACAUUAUCGAUGCCUAUUCCAGUAACUUCGCCCCUUGCGCCUCGUUGGUGCACAGUAAGUACGGGGAGCUAGCGCAAAUCAGUCGCCAGAGCGAUGCGUGCGAUCGUCAUGCGCUCUUCUACAGCCUCUGCGCCUAUUCGCGCCUGAUGCAACGGUGUCCAGUCAACGCCUGGCAGCGGACCAACAAACAGUGCCAGGAGGCACGUACAUAUAUGAAAAACUGUGCUUGGCCAGCUCUCAAGAUGUUUAUGAAAAGCACAUAGA